CGUUGGCGGGAUUUGAGCCGGUCCUUUCCGUAAGUUACGACUUGUCCUUGACUCGUACAUAGACUAGACCAGACUCGUUGCGGUCCCUCUUAAAAUGGCCUCUCGCGCGUUCACUUCAUCGUUACGCGCUACGCUGAGGCGUACUGCCCUCAACCGCGUCGCCGCCCCCAGCUGCAAGCGAUUCAAUUCGACCCAUGCUUCGUCAGGCCGGUCCAGCGAUACCCCUUGGAUUAUUGGUUCCGCUGUUGUCUUUGGUCCUUUGUUCUUGUACCUCCUCGCGCCCGACGGCAAAAAGAAGGACCACCACCAUGCCAAGUCUGAACACAAGCCAGAGCCGGUUGUUGAGGAGAAGGAAGCUGAGACUCAGGCAGAACCCGAACCCGAACCAGAGGCACCUGCACCCGCAGCUGAAGAAUCCACUCCGGAACCUGCGGAGGCAGAACCCGCCGCGGAAACUACCUCUGAGCCUGCAACCAUAACAGAUGAUGAAGGGACUCCCGUAUCUGCCGAGGAAGUGAAAGAGUCUAUUCAGCAGGCAGAGGCCUCCGAUGCUCCCAAGGAGGCUGCAGCUGAGGAGAAAAAGGAGGUGUCUUCUUGAUAAUGUAGCCGCCUACCUUUACUCCGUCAAUAUAAAAUGCUUUUUGAAUGCUUAUAUGCCGUCGUUCAGAGAAAAUAAGUGCGUACGUGGGGUAA